AUGGAGGAAGAGAGUAUAAAAGGAACUUCAGAGAUUGGCAAUAACCGUAAAUUAGUUCCUGGGUUCCACCGCCAUCAAAUUGCAGAGCAGGUAUAUCCUUUGGAAUAUUUGGAAUGUUUUUGCUGGAAUUUUGACAGUCCACUCAUUGUUGUAUUUGCUGGAAUAUACCUUGAUUGUGUUGAGUGGAUGAUUGCUAUACAAUUUGUUUCUGAAUUACUUCCUGUAAUUUCCAUCUCUCCAACAUCAAAACAGUACAGAUCCCUCAAGAAAGGAACUCUAAUAAGAAAGACUCAACCUAAUCAGAACCACAUCAUUGAGCCGCUUUUAAACCCGUCUGCCAUUGAACAACAAUACCAUUUGGAUGGCUUUCUCGCCCUCUAA